AUGACUCCUGCUUCAUUUCUAUCUACCUAUUGUCUAAUAGAACUCGCGAAAAGUGUCGAAAAGCAAUUCCCGUGCGCUUCAAAAGUGAUUGCUGAAGAUUUCUAUAUGGAUGAUUUAAUGACGGGAGCCGACACCGAGGAUGACUGCUGUCAAUUACAAAGAGAAGUAAGCACAGUGCUAGAUUCAGCAAAGCUACCGUUAAGGAAAUGGUGUUCCAAUUCCGAGUUUGUACUGCAAAACAUGUCUAAGUGUGUUAACGAUCCCUUGUUUGUGUUGGAUAUCGGAGACAAUGACACUGUCAAGUCAUUGGGACUGCAGUGGAAACCAAUUGCCGACCUAUUUCAAUUUGAAAUCGUAUCAAGAUCCAUGGAAGGUACAUUGACAAAAAGAGCUAUACUCUCAGACCUAAACAGAAUUUUUGAUCCACUCGGUUUCCUGUCACCGGUUCUAGUGAAGGGAAAAAUAUUUCUACAACAGCUCUGGUCCAUGAAGAUAGAUUGGGAUGCAAGGCUUCCGUUAAACAUACAGGAAAGAUGGGGUAAAUUUUACGAAGAUCUGGAGCGACUGAAAUAUUUAUCCAUUCCCAGAAAGGCCAUACCUGAACGAACUGAUAUCAUAGAUGUACACGGGUUUUGUGACGCAUCCGAAGAAGCGUAUGCGGCCUGUAUCUACAUUCGUUCUCAGAGCAGCGAUGGAAAAUGGCAUUCCAGACUUCUUUGUGCAAAACCUCGAGUGGCCCCGUUAAAAGAAAAUACAAUACCACGACUUGAAUUGAAUGGUGCCUUGUUAUUAACUGAAUUGACUCAACGGGUCGCUGAUUCAUGGCAAAUCAAUAUUCAUCAGUUCAAACUAUGGAUGGAUUCAACUAUAGUUUUAGGGUGGUUCAAUAGCCAAAGCAGCCGGCUAAAAAUCUAUGUUGCCAAUCGAGUAGCUCAAAUUAUGGAUAUUACAGAGGUCAGCCAGUGGAACCAUAUAGGCACGCAGGAAAACCCAGCAGAUAUCCCUUCAAGAGGUUUAAGACCACGGGAACUGUUAACGGCAAGAUUGUGGUGGAACGGACCUACCUGGUUGGAAAGUGAUGAGAAGGAUUGGAUCUUGAAUCCGAUAACCCAUGAUGAUGAGCUACCCGAAGUACGCAAAGUGAAGCUACUGCUAUUAGUGAUCAAACCGUUGAAUAGUAUAUUAGAACACUACUUUGAAUGGAAUUGUAUGCUACGAAGAGUUGCUUGGUUAAUGGUCUAUUCGAAGUACAUGCGUAAGAAAAUCAAUGGGCCUCAAUCCCUAACAAUAUCAGAUUCGGACGAAGCGAGGAAAUCAAUUUUAAGAAUGGUCUAA